CAACAGCAGUCCGAAGGUCUCCAAGAAAACAUUUGAAGGACAAGAGUGCAUCAUGGAUGAGGCAUCUCUCCCCAUCAGAAUUAGAUUACUCAAAUGGCCUCCCUGUUUCCCAGAUUCAGAAGAGAAAAGGCACAGAAGAAAACACACCAAGAGCUGUCAAGCAAAUGCUUUCCAUUGCCUAUCAGAAAUUGAAGAGGAGACUUGUUGCGGUAGAGAAGAAGACGGGAUGGUCCGAGGAGAAGAAAAAUAAAGUUAGAACAUUUUUCCAGCUACCAAAUGCUCACAAAUAUAUGAGCAGUGAUGAGGAGGGAGAUGAUGGUUUUGUGUCCCAUCCAUAUUCCUGGGAGAGUGAGGAAUUACAGAAAGUUAAAGGAAGUCUGGACAAAAAAUAUUUAGAGACAUGUCCUCCACGUAGCAAGAGGUUAUUGUCCAAAAAAGUAGGGGGUCUCUAAGAGAAGAAGAGCCUCCUAAAUUGAACAUUAUUCAUGCAUGGACUUUAAACAUGUGAAUUGCAUGUUAAAAUAUGUUCUUAACAUGUAAUAUUUUUUUUUAUUUUUUGACUAUGUGAUGCAUAUGCAAUUUCUUUUUUGUAACACCACCUUUUCAUUUGUACACAUAUUUAGUCUUUGAAUCUGAAGUGCCACAGGGAUCUGUAUUGGGACCAUUGUUGUUUUUAUAUAUAUGUGUUAAUGAUAUUGCAGAUAUACAGAUUAUUUGCGGAUGAAAGUUCUCUGCAGCAGUCAUUCAAAUCUGUUAAAUUUUUCGAAGACAAUUUCAAUUAUGAUCUUUAGGUUCAGAAAAUGACCUUUGUAGUUCAAUUCUUUUAAAACAAAAUUUGAUACCAUUGAUACAAUAAGAAUUGUUCAAAUUAAGCAUAUAUUUACACAAAAUUCAAGAUAAUGCAUUCUAUCAUAAAAUAUAUCAAAAAUAUUUUGUUAUGCAUCGCAGCAUGUUUGAAAUAUCAAUGAUUUAUUGUGUACAAUUUGUUUUAUAUUGUUAUACAUGUCCAUAUAUAUUAACCACCGUUAUUGUGGUAUAUAAUCAUACAUUUGUGAAAAAUAGAAAUUAAUAAAUUGACUAUUGAUAUUUAAA